CGUUAGUUUGUAACGCUGGAGGAGAAAGUCCGCGGAGACCGUCCAUGUCUCGUCUACAAACAUCAACACGCUGACAAAGUUACGGGCAGCGAUGUCGAGAGAAAACACCACUCGAAGUUUGGACAGCAUAGACCUCGCUGCUUUACGAGACCCUGCAGGGAUCUUUGAGUUGGUUGAGGUGGUUGGCAAUGGCACAUACGGUCAAGUGUACAAGGGCCGACAUGUCAAGACAGGUCAACUGGCAGCUAUCAAAGUCAUGGAGGUCACAGAGGAAGAAGAGGAGGAGAUAAAGCUGGAAAUCAACAUGUUGAAAAGUUAUUCCCACCAUAGAAACAUCGCCACCUAUUACGGUGCCUUUAUUAAGAAAAGCCCUGCUGGACAGGACCAUCAACUCUGGCUAGUGAUGGAGUACUGUGGAGCUGGCUCUGUGACAGACUUGGUGAAGAAGACGAAGGGAAACUGCUUGAAAGAGGACUGGAUUGCUUAUAUCUGCAGAGAGGUGCUCAGGGGUCUUUCCCAUCUUCACUCCCAUCAUGUGAUCCACCGAGACAUUAAGGGACAAAAUGUUUUGCUCACAGAGAACGCCGAAGUCAAACUGGUUGACUUUGGAGUGUCGGCUCAGCUGGAUAAGACGAUCGGCCGCAGGAACACUUUCAUCGGUACUCCUUAUUGGAUGGCACCGGAGGUCAUCGCCUGUGAUGAGAACCCUGAAGCCACAUACGACUACAGGAGCGACCUCUGGUCUUUAGGCAUCACGGCGUUGGAGAUGGCUGAAGGAGCCCCUCCUCUGUGCGACAUGCAUCCAAUGAGAGCGCUGUUUUUGAUUCCUCGAAACGCUCCACCCAAACUGAAAUCAAAGAAAUGGUCGAAGCGGUUCUUGUCAUUCGUCGACAGUUGCCUGGUCAAGAACCACCUGCACCGACCCACCACAGACGCCCUCCUGAGACACGCCUUCAUCAGAGACCUGGCUAAUGAGAGACAAGUCCGCAUCAUGCUCAAAGAUCACCUGGACAGAACCAGGAAGAAGCGGGAGAAAGAGGGUCCGGAGUAUGAGUACAGCGGGAGUGAUGAAGACGAAGAUGAGGUCACAGAAGAGGAAGGAGAACCCAGCUCCAUAGUCAAUGUUCCCGGUGAAUGGACUCUAAGACGAGAGUUUCUUCGACUGCAGACGGAGGAUCGCGAGGGAGGCAGAGAGGGCGGUCACGGAGGAGGCGGAGGUCAGCAAAGACAUCAGGCAUUACAGCAGCACAGGCAGCAGUUGGCGGAGCAGGAACGAUACAAGCAGCAGCUUCUGGCCGACAGACAGAAGAGGAUCCAACAGCAACAUGAGCAACGGCAAAAGUUAGAGGACCAUCAGAGGCAGCAGCUGACAGAUUGCGCUUUUCAGUGGGCGGAGCUUCAGGAGAUCUUCCCUGGGGAGGAGUCAGAUCUCCAUGACAACAUAAUCCUGCUGGACGAGAGAAACAGGAGGUGUGACAGGAGACAGGACCAGGCGGGCAGACAGAGGAGUGCCGACGUCUCAGUGAGGCCUCUGGACUCCGCGGCAGAACAGAGAGCCGCGUCUUCAAGCCAGCUGCUUCGCCAUAAGGCCCAGCACUCCCAGCCUCCGCUCCAGCCGCAAGCCAAGCAUCAGCAGCCCUCAGCGGGCAGGAGAUCCCACCGCACCCUGCCCAAAGACCAAACCCAGCUCCUGUCGCUGCAGCACGACCACAGACACAGGGAGAAGGAGAGGCAGAGGCAGAAGCAGAGAGAAACGCCCGUGGCAGCUGCCCAGAAGCUACCAGCAAAUAGUGGGAACGCUGCUGCUGUUGCUGCUGCUGUUGUUGCCGCGUCACCCAGCCGCCCUGUAAACAGCCAGCGCUCCGCGAUGGAACUCCAGGAAUCAAACUUGGCCAGGCUGCUUUUGGCAGCUGGUCUGCCCAGCCAGAUGCACUCGAGGCUGGGAUCUGGAAGCAGCUCCAGUCCUUGUACCCCUGCCAUGCAGAGAGCGCACUUCAACCAGAAUGCCAAUCUCCGCUCCAGUCGAGAUCUCCCUCACAGCAGCUCUUUGUCAGAUAUGGCAAUCUCCCCCUUAUCCCCAUAUCCCCCCAUGUCCCCAACUGACAGUGUCUUCUGGGACCCCAUGGAGACUCCACCUAAAGUCCCAGAGCGCACAACUUCUAAAUUCUACUGUAGAGAGCUGGUGAUGGGACACAAGAGGGCCGCCUCAAGUGGCAGUCCGGUGUCCAUGGCAGAUAAGAGUGGAAGGUCUGCGUCUCAUGGAAUCUCGUCCUCCAGCAGCAACCACUCAGGCUUCUUCAAGUUGGAAAGUCCUCUCCUACAGCACCGUCUACAGCAGCAAAGGAAGACAGAAAGCACAAGCAGUGGACACGCACAAGGAGUCAAAUCUGCCCUGGCUCGGCUCAACAAGGCCACAGAAUACUCCUCCUCUAGUGACGAGGUUGGCAGCAGCGAUGACGAAGAAAGGAACAGGUCCGGCCUGUCCAAUGGCAAAGGCAAAUACUUCAAAGGAAUACCUGAUGGCAUCGUCCUGCAACCUCACCACAAUCUUAACCAGUUCUCGGGGGUGGGUUCAGAUGAAACCUACUUGCUGCCAGAUCUUCUGCAGAAAACUUCUUCCUCUAGUCCUACCCAUAAUGCACUGGGCCAGCAGCAGCGAACACAUGAGCUUAGUUACUUGAGAUCACCCUCGGCUCCUGGAUCGCCCACACACCAGGAACUCCAUGCUGUCGGCAGUCCUACUGGCAAAAACACCCCUACAUCUUCAUCUUCCUCCUUCCUGUCCUUCAUUGAUCCAAGACUGAUUCCCAUGUCAUCGCCACCACAGAGCCCCACGGGUAGUAAGGGUGAGCCGAUCAAGAGAGAGAACCACAGGAAGGGCUCUGUGGUGAACGUGAACCCAACCAACAUUCGACCACAAAGCGACACUCCCGAGAUCCGCAAGUACAAGAAGAAGUUCAACGCUGAGGUUCUUUGCGCUGGACUGUGGGGUGUGAAUCUGUUGGUGGGGACAGAAAACGGCUUGUGGCUGCUGGAUCGAAGUGGUCAAGGGAAAGUCUACUCCCUCAUCAGCAGACGGAGGUUUCAACAGAUGGAUGUGUUGGAAGGACUCAAUGUGCUGAUUACUAUAUCAGGUAAAAAGAACAAGCUGCGUCUCUACUACUUGUCCUGGUUAAGGAAUAAAAUCCUCCAUAAUGACCCUGAGGUGGAGAAGAGACAGGGCUGGACGUCAGUAGGUGACUUGGAGGGCUGCGUGCACUAUAAAGUGGUACGCUACGAGAAGAUAAAGUUCUUAGUGAUCGCGUUGAAGAAUGCGGUGGAGGUGUACGCCUGGGCUCCCAAACCCUACCACAAAUUCAUGGCCUUUAAGUCGUUUAGGUCCCUGCCCCAAAAACCACUGUCUGUUGACCUGACGGUGGAGGAGGGCCAGAGGUUAAAGGUAAUCUACGGCUCUCUGUUUGGUUUCCACGCCAUUGACGUGGACUCUGGGACGCCGUACGACCUCUACCUGCCUACACACAUACAAGGCUCUAUUCACCCCCACGCCAUCAUCAUUCUCCCGAACAAAUCUGGAACUGAGGUUCUGGUUUGCUAUGAAGACGAGGGCGUCUACAUCGACACUUACGGCCGCAUCACCAAGGACACGGUGCUGCAGUGGGGGGAGAUGCCUGCAUCCGUUGCCUACCUCCAGUCUAACCAGGUGAUGGGUUGGGGAGAAAAGGCCAUUGAACUGAGAUCAGCCAACACGGGGAGCCUGGAGGGAGUUUUUAUGCACAAGAAGGCUCAGAAACUCAAGUUCCUGUGCGAAAGGAAUGACAAGGUGUUCUUUGCUUCGGUGCAGUCGGGAGGCAGCAGUCAGAUUUACUUCAUGACUCUUGGACAGAACUCGCUGUUCAACUGGUAGCAGCUCCAGGAUCAGCUGGUGGGGGCCGGCCUUCAUUUUGUCUGGGUUCUCCUGGCGAUGCCUUUAAAGAUUUGUGCUGACUGAUGUUGCCCUCCAUGAGUAGUGGGGACGACAUACGAGGAUCAACUACAUGUCCCUCCGCUUUCCCCUCAAGUUUAGAUUUCGUGUGGGGAUCCAUGUCGGAGUUUAUCCACCUUGAAUCCGUCACUUCACGCUUGACUACUGAAGCCUGAAUCACUGCUCCUUCAGCUGCAGCAGCGCAAAAACAAAAGAAAAAGCUUUAGUUCGACGUCAUGUCACCCAUCCACAGAAAUGUUCAGAGGUACAACUGGCAGUGCCUGCAUCUGUAAUGUGAAAAGUCAUUCUCUGUAGGCUUCACCAACCACAGCAGCAGUGUUCUUGUGUGUUAUGUUUUCUGGGGUUUCGGUAAUUUCACAUGAACAUCCUCAAAAUCCUCUGUAGCAGUUUUAGUCCACAUUCACACAUUUUUCUUUUUCUUAAGUGUACAUCUGUAUCAACUGAUUAUGUGUAAGUGUUAUUCACUUAUGUCUGCUUUAGUUAUGCAGCUUCCUGAUGUCAUUUAGACCAGAAGAGCAAUGUUCCUUUUCUCUGGUCUUUUAUUCUGGUCCUUCGUGUCCAUCACGUUGGCCUUUCAUACAUACAAGACUUUAGUUAUAUACUUUGUGUCAUUCCACUUCCAUUUAUCCCCAUUUAUUCCCCUUUAAUUACAUUUCCAGAUCCACAGGAGGCUACAUUGUCUGUAAUACCUCAAUAUAGAUUGAUAUUUAGGAAGAAUUGUAGCUGAGUUUAAUUUUCUUGAUUAAUACAAUAAUCUAAAAUGUAGGCUCCAAAUAAAUUACAAUGACUCCUCUACCAAAUCCAUAUGUAUGAUAUUAAGCACAAUCAAAAGUUAUAUAAUUUCUUUUUGCUCUCAUUCGUAUUACGAGGGCAGUAUGUCAGUAUUUUAUAAUACCAUCAUGAAGGUAUAGUUGAAUUAAUAUCAAACAGUAUUUAUAUUUAAUGCAAGAAUUAAGUUAAAUCCUUUUAUUCCAACUCCCCAAAAAUCCCCAUCCAUCACAUACGAGCAUUCGCUCCAGAUCUGGUCCUUUUAGUUUUACUUCUCUACAUAACCUGAAAAAUCUUUUAAUUAUCUGUAGAAUCCACAUUAUUUGACGUAUUGCAUAAACGGUAUACAACAAACGGAGACGCAGUAACAGGAUUAUGAUGCUUUUCUCCAGUCCUGCAUCUAUUUUGUACAGCUUAGGAUGUAUGUAAUAUUUUAAAAUGCACUGUUUUCUAAAUAUUUUAUAAAUGUACAGAAUUAUAGGCUUAUGAAUGUGAAAUUCAGCCCCCGAAACAGAGUUCAUACGUGUUAUCUUCUUGAAUGUUUGUGAAUUUGAACUCGAGCUACUGACAGUGAAUUCGAAGGCUCUUGUUCAGAUUUCCAGGUUUCACCGACCUGGUUGAAACGUUCGAGAUCAAACGCAGAAGUUCCGUUUCGAGGUUGAGUUUCUCCCGGUGUGUAUAAGUCUGAUGUUUUGCACAAUGGCUCUCUUGUACAUGUUUUCUCUUACAUGUCCUGCUUUGAAAUGACUGUUGGAUCAAAGUGGAAACUUCUGAAGCCAUUCUGUUCUCAGUGUUUAAGAGAUUACUGCUUUUAUUGUUGUUACACUACCCAGUAUGGGAUGCACACAAGUUUUUGAAGGAUCAACUUGACAAAAUUAUCUUUUUUUUUUUUUGUUGUUGUAAUUGUUGUUGUUGAACUUGAGUUUGAGGAGAUGCAAUGAGUUGGAUUAGAAAUAUGUUGUAUGAUAAUUUUUUAUGUUUUCUUUGACAUGUAACUGUCAUUUACACAAUGGACUUCACAUAGGAAACCAAAGAUGAAAGCUUUGUUGAUUUGCUUUCUUGAAUCUAAUCUAAUGAUAUAUAGUUGUACUGUUGCUGCCUUCAAAUGGAUCUCUUGAGCACGUGGGAAGUUGUUUAUUCGUACCCCUUGGCUUUUACUAUGUAACAUCAUCUUUAAGUCAAGAGAAUGUUGCUGCUUAGCAACUGUUAGCUUAGAAACAACCGAGCCUAGCAGCUAGCAUGCUAAUGGACGGAUACCUUAAAGGAUUUUCCCAUAUAAAAUUAAGAAGAAAACUUGACUUAACAUCAGUAAUUUACUCGCCCACCUUCACAACUUUUCCACUUGCAAGGUUGUCAAUACCUCAAGAAUUAAAACUAGAUCAGUAAGUAACAACUCCAUUUGAAGGCGGCAUGUCAAAUGGCAUCCGACACAACUAAAUAUAAUUAUGCAAGCUAAUGACACCAGUGUCCGUGUAUGUAAUAGCCAAACAUGUAUGCUUUAGGUUGGUAAAAGUAAAAAAAUAUAUAUAUAUAUGUAUUUUUUUUUUCCUUAAAAUGUGAAUUUGCAAUUCAUUUAUCCGUUUAUAUCCUCCUCCAUGAAAUACAGCUUGAACUGCUAACUUUGUUUUACAUUACCCUCUGCAUUGUAUUGAGUCUUGGACUUUGUGGCUAAUAAUCAAAAUUAUGCCAACUGUUUUUUUGUUUUGUUUUUCUAUUUAGUGAUCCAUUCACUUUUGAAGUUUUUGUUACAGACUUGAGGAAAAAAAAAAUAUUGCAGCUGGUUCUGUGAGAAUAUUUCAAACUGGAAAACAGAGUUGCUGAUUGUGUUUUUUUGUUUUGUUUUUUUUUUUUUUUUUUUUUGCUUUCUACCAAAUCUUAUAUCAAUUUGUUGCAUUUCUCUGUGAUUAAAGACCAGAUAGCUUAAUAUAGCUACAGGAUUGUGAACUAAUUUCCUACGGGCCAACAGAGUUGCUUGCUAACAUUGGCUAAGCCUACCAGUACCAUUAGCUGGCUUGUAGUUUCUAGCUAAUUCUUUUUUAUUUUUAGCUGAAAGAGAAGCUGUUAUUUAAGCAUAGAUUCAACAUUUUAGAAAUGUUUAUACGAUUCACAGCCAACAACUGCAGCAAAUGGUGUCAAGUGAAUGUGACAGGAGUAUGUGUAUGUCAGAUUUGUUUGGUAUUUUUCUCGGUUCGGUGCAGGAUAUGUCAUGUUGAAAGUUGGCCGGCGCAGAACCGGCAGGUUUGGUCAGGUUCCCGAGCAAGACCCUGACCAUUAAAGAGUCCAGAUAGGACAGGACACCAGACCAGAGCUAGUCCUGUACUGGCACAGUGGUUCGAGCUUCAGUUCAGUUUUAUAUCCCCUGCACACGUCCCCCAUAGCCUUUUAUGUGCGUGUGCAUUGGUAGGCACAAACAGUUCAUUUAUCCAAAAUUAGUAACAAAAUGACUUAUUGCUUCCAUUCCGGUUUAAGUACCUCGAUUUGGCUCCACAUUCUUACUUUUUCAUCCAAUAUUUGUUUAUUUUAGCAUCUCUGUAUGAAAUUAUUUCACAAUGGCUGUUUGUUCAAAGCAUAUUUCAGUACUAAGUGUCUCCUUCCCUUCGUCUCUCUAAAUUUAAGGUUAUUUAUUUAUGUCUAUGACGACUUCAGUGUUUUUCCUCUGCAUCGUUCUCCAUCCCGCUUCACGUAAACGCUCUCCUACCAUCUGACCAGCGUCCCAUUGUAUCGACGUCUUAUGUGUCAGAUUUAAUCCAUUCAUUUUAAAGUUUUUGUGGUUUACAAGAGGCAAACUUCUGUCUUCUUUCUCCUUUCAUCUUCCUGUUGCUGUGUAGCUGUGUUGCUAAUGAGAGUGGGAGAUCCUCCCACACCUUCCACCGGUUAAGAUCAUGACAGAUUCUGUGUCAGCCCCACAGUGACUCACGUCUCAAACUCUCUUACAAACUCUUGUUUUCUCACUUUUCCCAGCACAGCUCAUCUUACCGCUGCUUUUCUUCGCUCCCGUGUCUUAUAUUGAACAAUCUAGGAUCUCGCCAGUCUUUAGUUGUUUGUUCCCUAUUCUCUCUGUAGAUCUCCACUCUCUCUUUAAUCUCUGUUUUUGGUUGAAUUGGCUGAGAGGUGUCAGGCAAGAUUCAUAUUUUAUAUUCGUACUAUUUAUUUACUUACUGUCAAGAAUGAUGGGGUCGCACCAUUAAUACUCAGUACUGAGAUGUCAACCUCGUAUUUCUGACUCCCAAUUUAGGAGAUGCUUUCACAAAUGUUGAUGUCACUACUUUUUGAGGCAUUGCACAUCUUUAUUUCAUCAAAUAUUUUUAAAAACUGGUCCUAUAGAUUUGUUUUUUCUUGAAGUUUGGUGAAGUGGGAUGUACUGUGAUGCAGAUAAACAAAAAAUAACAUUUAGCAGUGGUUUUUUUUGUAUUCAGUUUAGUGCCAAAUGUUUUCCAGCCUGUGUAUGAGGGGGAGAAAAAAAAAAGGUCUGUUGAUGGGAUUUGAAGUAAGUGUGCAUGUGUGGGAGGGCGUGAUGCCGAAAGAGAACAGGUGUUCAAAAGGGAAGGAAGGAUUUUCAGAGAGGAGAGUCAGUGGCUUGCGUCAGGUAUGAAUAGUUAAUAGAGGGAACGUGGAUGUUUAAGACCCCGGUUUAAUUCACAGGUAAAUGUUAAGACGUGAUAUAUUGUUGACAAUAUCCAGCUGGUAGCUAAAAAUAAAAUAAAUAGCUAAAGUAUCUAGGUAAUGAUGCACAUGGGAAGGAGGACGAAGAAGGGAAGGAAUAGUGGUUGAAAUAAAUAGCAUUUUAAUAUUAUAUAUCCACCUGACACCAUUACUCAACAGUUGGCCAAAAUAAUAAUGAUCUUGCUUAAAUUAUAGUAAAGUACAGAUAAUACUGAUAGAUAUCUUAUUAGUAUUUGAUGAUGUAUGACACAGAACAGUUGUGUUCCCACAAAUAUCAUUUAAGACCAAAUGUUAUCUAGAUCUACUGUAUAUCUGAACAUAUAUAUAUUUGCCCAUCUGUACCAUUUUUAGAAAAAGAUAAUUUUGUUACUUUGGUUAUUAUUUUUGCACUGGACCUUUGUUUGAUGCGUCAUAUACUGUAGCCCUCCUGCUUUGUGUUUCCCUGUAAAGAGGCGAAAGACGGUGAGACAACAAUAAAUAUGUGGAAUCCA